GGGAGGGCAUAAAUGCCCCCUUCCUCCACCUCAGCGGCCGCUGUAACUGGGAGGCUCCCCCCCAGUGACCGAGGAAGACUCAGUCAAGCAGGAGGAGUCCGACAUCCUCGAUGUCUCCGGCUGCUCCAGGGUAUCUGUAACAAUGUAAGACCUCCCCUCCACCCCGUCUCCUUCAUUCAAGGAUAGCUGAGACGAUCUCAGCUUUCUCCACCUGCCCGCAUCCCUAAGAAGUUUACUUGGUGAUUUCCUUUUGGACACGUUAUAGCUGGUCGCCAUAAUCGGUCCUCUGAAUCAACCUUUGUAUGAGUAACUUGUAUGUCACACACUCCUUCCGUGGAGUGUGACAUGUUCUUUUUCUGUACUUGCAUGGGAUGCAGACAGGUGUUUGGUGUUCACAAUUCCUCUUGUCGUGGCCCUCCCCGCCACAGUUGUUACAGACUGGGUUCUGAAAGCUACAGUAUUUGGCGACGUGGCCAUAAUCCUGACACUUCGUACAUUUAGCAAGAGCCGUAUAAUCUUUUACUGAGACUGAAUUGUAUCCAAUGUACAAUCUAUUGGUUUUUAUAAUUUCUUUUCUUGCCCGCGCCGUGUGCCGCCUGGCAGGGGUGAUGAACCCGUCCUCACCAGGGUGGCGCAUGGCAGGAGGCCCUGUGGAGGGCCGCGGCAGCAGCGGCGGGUCGGGAGGCCUUAGGGGCCUUCUUCCGCGGCCGACCAGUGUCAGAGGCUUGGGAGCGGACAUCAGAGUCGUCAGCCGCGUCAGCACGGCACUUCCGGAGCGCACGAGCAUCGUCAGCGUCACGUCGAUCUGCAUCAGCAAUAGCCUCCGCAAGAUUAGCGUCUGGGCCGUAGGAGCGGCCACGAGAGAACCGACCUCUUGCAUGGCCGGCCCUCGUGGCGCACCCAGUGAGACCGCCGUCGCCAGGGACGCAGACAACGCACCCGGCGAGGCCCCCACCGGCUCAACUGCCUCCUGUCGCCCCGUGCCCGGCAGUGCAGCAGCCUUCCGGAUAUUGCAGUAAGCAAGCACGGCAGCUACGUCGUCCUCACGACCGGGAUAGUCACCCCCAUCCGCAAGCUUGUGCAUGCGAACGAGCAUGCGCUCCUGGGAGCGAGAAAA